CCCACCACGCCCCACGUGUUCCCUGCGACUCCACGUGGGUGUCAUGGCAGCGCGCGUGAGCGCGGGUCUCCGCAGGGCCCGGCUCGUGCUGAGUCGCUGCACCGCCUCGCCGGAGCUCUUCCUGGGGGUGCAGGAUGGGCUGGCGGACGAGCUACGCUCUGUCACCAAGGAGCUCUACGAUCUUCACAAGGGGCACGAACUCCCCGGCUGGGCCGGGAGUCCCCUCGCCGACCUCGUCAUCGACAACUUUGACGACGAGCAGAUCUGGCAGGAGCUGGAGCUGCAGAACGAGGCGGCGCUCGCUCAGCUGAGACACCAAGUGACGCAGGUCCUGAGCAACGAGGACAUCGUCAUUUUGCCCCAAGAUGACGAAGGGACCGAGUCUGAAGGAGAUGAUCCGGACCGUGAUGACGACGACGAUGACAGUGAUAUUGACGACGACGAUGACGACGUUGGCAGCGACUUGAAUGACAAACCGGCAAGCAGUGGGGCCAAAAAGAAACGAACCUCUGGAGCUGGUGGCGACACGGACAGUGAAUCCUCCACGGAGCUAAUCCCAGAAAGGGGUAAGAAGCGUGUGUGGGGUAAGACGCAGAAUAAAAAACCCGAUAAGAGGUCCCGCGACGAGGAUGAUCAAGACGAUGCCACCGACUCCGACGUGGACUUUGACAUCGAUGAACUGGAGGCGAAGAGUAAGCGGAAAGUCGCGAAGGACGCUGGGAAGGUGUCUGGAGAUUUGGACGUUGAAGACGAAUUCUUGAAGAUCGACCAGAUGGAAGCGUUUCUAGAAGCGGAGGAAAAGCGUGAUGAGAGACGGAGGCUACGCGACGAGGGGAAGGCACGGAACGACUCUGAUGAUGAUGAAGAAGUUGACCUCUUCGUCGAUCAGCUGUCCGAUGACGACGACGAUGAUGAUGACAGCGAUGAUGAAAAAAGCAAAACAAAAACUAAAAAGGCCAAGAAAAGCAGCAGGGACUUAAAGUACAAGGAUUAUUUCACCGCAGACGGUGCCAAAGGGAUAGACCCAAAGGUGGUGAAGGGGAAAAAGGUGACGUUUGAAGACGAGGAGGAUGAGGACUCCGAAAAUAUGGAGUACGACCUGGAGGACGUGGAGGAGGGCGGCGAGGGGCCGCAGGCGAAGCAGGCGAAGCAGGCGCUUCGCUCGCAAGUCCUCUCCGACGACAGCGAGGGGGAAGACGUGGAGGACAUCUUCGGAGGGAAGAAGAACGCGGAGGGAGCAGAGGGAAGCCGCUCGAGCUUUGAGAAGCGCGAGGACAAGCUCAAGAAGAGGAUCAAGCAGCUGGAGGAGGCGGCCCUCUCAGAGAAACCGUGGCAGCUGAUGGGGGAGGUGACGGCGCAGAAGCGACCGGAGAACAGCCUCCUGGAGGAGGGACUCAUAUUUGACCACGCCAUCCGCAUGGCCCCGGUCAUUACGGAGGAGACCACCAUGAAGCUUGAGGACCUCAUUAAGCAGCGGAUAAAGGAUCAGGCGUGGGACGACGUGGAGCGCAAGCACAAGUCCAAGGAGGAGGCGUUUGAGUACAAGAAGCGCGUGGUGCUGGACCAGGAGAAGAGCAAGCUCAGCCUGGCCGAGGUCUACGAGCAAGAGUACCUCAAGCAGGUGCAGGAGAAGAAGGAGGAGGAGGAAGAGAACCCGAAGCACGUGGAGAUCAAGAAGAUGAUGGACACCCUCUUCCUGAAGCUCGACGCACUCUCCAACUUCCACUUCAUGCCCAAGCCGCCCGUGCCGGAAAUGAAGGUGGUGGCGAACGUUCCGGCCAUCACCAUGGAGGAGGUGGCACCCGUGAACAUGAGCGACGCGACGCUCCUCGCUCCCGAGGAGAUCAAGGAGAAGAAGAAGGGCGGCGAGGAGGUAGGCGACCUGGAGAAGACGGCGUCGCAGCGCAAGCGCGAGCGGCGCCUCAAGAAGUCGAGGAAGCGCUUGAAGCAGCGCGAGAGGCAGCGGCGGCAGAAGGUGCUGGAGGAGAAGAAGCCGGGGCUCACGGGCAAGAUCGGCAAAAGCAGCGCCGAGCACAAGCUGCAGCAGCUGACGCGCGAGGGCAAGGCCUCGCUGCUCAAGGACGAGGGUAAGGGAAAAGCCCUGCGAUCGUCGCAGGCGUUCUUCACUCAGCUGCAGGAGCAGGUCCGAACGCAGGUGAAGAGCGACAAGGCCAAGGGGUCGCGCAAGACGACGAAGUCGAAGGUCUCUGCCUCCAAGCUGAAGCUCUGAGCCCUUUGGCAUUUUUUAUUUUGAUUUCUCUGGAAUAAAGACCAGGCAAGAGUUCUGCCACUGGGUUUUAAAAAGGUUUCCUCGUGCUGUCAUUGAUGCUUGUUUUUUCAUCACUGUUAAUAAGAUGAGUACUGUUUUUAAAACGAUUGCAUCGCGAAAUGCACUGUGGUUAAGAGUUCUCGUGAAUGUGAUGUGUACGAUCGGUUUAGGGUGCCACGCUAUUGACUUUGAUUCCCUGGCACGGCUCACAUCAGUGGCGAGUGACAUCUGAAGUCGCUACUCCUGGGCCUCCCCCACUUUCACCAACCUGCCCCGACUGGUAUCAAGUAUGGUCAAACAACCCCAAUGGGGAGGCCAUGCAGCAGUGGAUUUCUAAGGCUGUGUAUAGGAUUUAGUAAUUACAUAAUUUUUAUUUUAUUUAUACCUCCGCCACAUCUACUUUAUUGGUAUAUUAUGGGCAAGUCGAAGUCGUGUAGGCAACUGGCAAACUCCACCAACUUGCGAGGCAGGGCUCAACCAUAUGCCCCUUGGAUAAAAAAAAAACCCCUUUGUAAAUUAUUUCCAUUGUCUACAGGUAUGGAGUCUUUCAUAAUACAGCUUGUUUUUGGGUUAAAUUGUGUAAAUGUCUUUAAACCUGCCGCAGCCAAUGAGUAAGGUUUGUCACAAACUGAACAUGACAAUUUGUUACUAGUACACACCGGUGUGUUGGAGAGUAAACCCACGUUUUGCCAGUAAUUACAACUAGCAUCAGGCGGACAGCCAGAUGUGGAGAAAUAUUUGUUUCAUUCCUUUGGAGGGAUAGAUGUGAUGGUGUCAUGAGUCCUUGUGUGAAGGCCAGACCCCCCCCGGGGGGGGGAGUUAAUGAAUGCAUAUAAUUUCCAACUUAUCAAACCCCUUCGUGCCAGUUUGCAUGAACAGCCAUUGACCAAUUGAGUCCCAGGGCCAAUUCCCUCCCAUCUCCAUUCUCUCCACCAUUGGUGUGCAGGCUGCCUCCACUGCCCCACUGUGGGAGCUCUGGGUGCUGCCAAGGCCAACAAUAUUUUCAGCGGCGUACAAUGGGUAACUCAACCUUCUCACCCAGGAACAGGAAGGGAGAUUGCCAUGGUCGUGGCUCAUCUUCAGCACGAGGACAUUGAUCUUUUGAGUAGAGGAUUAAUCGGCUUUGCCCAUUUUAUCAAAUGGUUCAUUGUACAACUGUUUAAAUCCUGAAAUAUUUAAGGCUGUAGAGUAAACGCUGCACCUGAACACUUGUGGUAAACGCUGAAGGUUUAGACAAUUCCAAAAUUGGAUGACCUUUUUUUAAAUGUAACCCAAUGCUUUUCUUUACCAGCAACCAGAUGUAAAGGCUUUUUGAUGUCUCAAAGUUGUACUUGUCAAUAUAAACAUUUCAAUACACAAAUCAAA